AUGAUGUACCUUACGAAAAUAGUCAGUAAUGCCUGUCUGGCAAUAAUAAAUUUUGGAUUAUGCUUAUCCUUAACAAGUUUAUCAAGAAAAAUGCUGAUAAAAGGUUAUAAUAUAUGCCCAGAAGGAUAUAGAGGAUGUGAUAAAGAGAAAUGGUAUUUUAGUACUUUUUAUUUUACAUUAUAUAUGAGUGGUUUUUUAGGAUGUUUUAUUUCCCUUUUUUUCAGAAAUGUAAAUAGAAAAAAAUUUAUGCAAGCAAUACAUUAUUUAUAUAUAAUUGGAAGUUUAUUUACAAUCUAUUAUGAACCACAUGUGAUAUUAUUUUUAUUUUCCCAAGCUUUUUUUGGAUUAGCAAUUGGAUGCUCAAUUGUUAUAGUUUGUUUUUAUAUUUUUGAAUAUUCCCCAAAAGAGCAUCAAAAUUAUUAUGGAUUUACAAUACAAACAUUUUUUUCAAUUGGAUUAUUAAUUAGUUAUUUAUUUGGAGUUAUAUAUGAGCAUGUGGAUUUUAAUAAAUCCACAUCAUAUUGGAUCUUAAUGAUAUUACAAAAAUUACAUAUGCUUAUGCCACUUAUUUUUAGUGUUAUAUCAAUUUUAUUACUAAAAUUUGUAUUUACUAUGGACACACCAUUACAUUUAUAUAAAUCACAAAAAUAUGAUAAAUUCGAAGAAAUAAAAAAAAAGAUAAGUAAAAAUGGAAUAGACGAAAAACAUGAAUAUCAUUCAAAUGAAAAGAAUAAUGAAAUUAAUAUUAUAUUGAAUGAUUUAACUUUUAUUGAUUUGUUUAAAGAUACAAAAUUAAGAAAAAAAUGUAUUAUAGGAUCUAUUUUAUGUUAUUUAUUUUGCUUUAGUGGCUGUACUAUAUUUUUUAAUAAUUUAUUUUUAUUUUAUGAAGUAUUUAAAACAAAAAAGGAGAGCGCAGCAGUUAGUAUGAUAUUUAUGUUUAUAUAUUUUGUAUUUACUAUAAUAACUACUAAAUUGGCACAUUAUUAUAAUAAUAAAAACAAAUUAAUCAUUUUAGGUUUUAUUUUACAACUAAUUUCAUCUUUUAUAAUGAUGAUAUGUUCAUUUUGUAAUUUAACCCAAGUUAUAAAUAAGCUUAUUAUAUCGAUUAAUAUUAUUUUAUAUAUUGCUGGAUUUUCUCUUGGAUUUGGACAUAUUAUAUGGACACAUAUUUUCCAUAUUUUUUCAAAAGAAUAUAAAGUUGUUGGAGCCUUUUGUUCAUAUUAUGCAAUUUUUAUUGGAGCAUUUAUUAUGUCUACAUUUUUAGAAUUUACAAAUACAAACAGAUAUUCAUAUUUAUUUAUUAUAUUCAUUAUAUUUUCAAUUAUCUCAAUAAUAUUUUUCAAAUCCAUAUACCUUAAAAAUUCUGAAAAUAAAAAAAAAGAGGAUCAAAUCACAGAAUCUCAUGAUCCAAUUAACAUUUCAGAUACAAUGGAUACACCGAAUAUAAAAGAAGCAGAAAUAUAA